AUGUCGCGCUUGAAGUUCAUCAACUAUCCUCCUAUUGCUCCCGGCUCGCAGAGAGUUGGCCCGCACAAAGGAACCUUGGUCGUCAAUAUUGCACAAGGCUUCGAAGCUAUCACAGGAGGUAUCUGCUCCGGCACUACACACCGCGUACAGGGACCUACCUCCGCGAGCCGUUACAGUAUCCCUUUCUUCUUUGCGGUCCCCCUCAGCCUUACGCUCAAAGAACUCAAGCAGUCCACUGCGGAGAUCGUCGCCCAGAUUCCAGCAUCCGAUGAUAGAAAGAAGAGAGCGCUAGACGUUCCGAGCGAGUUUAUAUCCCCCGCCUACUCCUGUUAUGGAGAGGCUCAACUACGCAACCGAAUCAUUAGCCACCCAGACGUCGGGCAGAAGUGGUACCCUGAGCUUUACGAAAAGUACCUGGGGCAAGGGAGAAUGCCCAAUAAUGUCAGGGCUGAUGUCGUUGAAGCUAAUACCAAUGCGGUCUGUGUCUAA